CCACGGGACACCUUCCUUCAGCAGCCAGACCCAGGCUGUGCCCAACAGUGAGGUGGACGGACCUGCGGUGAGCGGCAGCAACUACCCAGUGCAAGUGUUCAAUGGGAGCUUCUACUCCAGGCAGCAGCUGCUGAGUACCAUCCCCCAAAGGAAUGACACUUUCUAUGUGCUGUCAUUCAGCACUGAUUACUUUCUAGUGCCUGCCAGUGCACACAACAAAACUAUGAGGCCUCGUAUGUCGCUGCUGAUGCCAGUAGUUACCCCAUCUGUCAAUGACAGCCGACUUUACAGCAUUGGAGUCAUGCAGAUUGACUGUGAAAUUCUUAACACCAACUUAAUCCACCUGUACCGCUCCGCCUUCACGGAGGAGACCCUGAACAAUUCAACAGCCUAUGCAAGCAGUGAAAGCAACCACAGAGGGGAUAGAGAAAACAGUGAAGAUGUGCACGCCAAACAAGAGGAGCAUAGCAGCACUGCUAAAAAGACCUACAAGAAUAUCAAGUACUGGGAGAAACUGCGCAAGACAACAACGGUUUGA